AUGUUUGCAAUCCUUUAUAAGAUUGACAUAAUUCUUUUAUUCAAUUUAGGAACUAGUACAAGAUACUCCACAAUUCACCAAUAUAACAAAAGAUCAUACACACACUUCAUCAAUCAAAUACCAUCAAUUAGUAACGAUAGAUCAUACACUUCAUCAAUCAAAUACCAUCUAUUAGAACCCUCCACCAGCACCACCACCUCCUCCAAACCCUCCACCGGCACCACCACCUCCACCAACACCCCCGCCAAUUCCUCCACCAGCACCACCACCAGCACCCCCGCCAAUUCCUCCACCAGCACCACCACCACCUCCUAAUCCUCCACCACCACCAAGGCCUCCACCAGCUCCACCUCCACCGCCAAUUCCACCACCACCCCCUAA